AUGUUUAAUAGAAGUGCAACUACCACCCCAGGGCCAUCAAAGGGUAAGCAUGAGCUUUCGAACGGUUCUUUUACGUGGGUAAAAGACUGGUAUUCCCCAGAUUCAAAUGAGAGUACCAACGAAUCAAUCCCUUCGACUGUCAAGCUUAAAGGAUGGUUGAAAGUAAAUCGAGAAGAAAAGUCUACGAAUUCCGUGAGAAUCAACAACGAUGAUACCUUGAAUUUGCUGGACUGGAAAUACUAUACUGAAGUGCCUACGGAGGAAAAUGAGGUGAAAGUAGAAGAAACAGAUAAAAAUGAAGCUGGUGAUUCCUCAAAAAGCGAAUUGGUCAAUGCUAUCUCUAUGAAUAAAGAAGAGGGACAAAUAUCUGGUCUAGGGGGUAGUACAUGA